UGCUGUGGCCUGAUGCUGUUGUCUUGUCUGCUUCAUUUCCGUCAGCACACCUGUCCUCCUAUCCAUCAGGCUCCUCCCCUAGCUUCGGGGCUUCUGCCUCCUGCCUUUCUGUUAGCUGGUUUAGUAUAAAGGAGACGGACAGAGAACCAGAGGUAUUUGUGUUUGUGUGUGAGAUUGUAAUCAUUCCAUUGGACACUAAAACUCCUGCAUCACAAAACGACUCCAGUCUACUGCAUCCAGGGAGGGCCCGCCACACACAUUAAUCACAUCUUCAGUCUCCAGACGCUAGACUCCACAGUCUCUUCAGCAACACUGACUGUCCCCUACAGUCUCUUCAGCAACACUGACUAUCCCCUACAGUCUCUACAGCAACACUGUCUGUCCCCAGGAGGCUGGACACACAACAACAACUAUUACAGUAACUAGGAUUGCAUCCGGGGAUUCAACACAGCAACCUAUCCUCUGACUCAGUCCUUACAGCCCAGCUGACUGUUCCCAGGAGUCAAGAGUCGGGAUAACAUCCAAGGAUCUCACCGGUCUCCACAGCAAACUAAUUUCACCACUGACUGUAUCGGACCCAGCGUCACGCAACAACAAAUCCAGGCUCCAGGAUGACGUCUAUGGCAGGUCGGCUGGCCCGUCAGCAGGAGAGGGAAAACGGUGUGGGAACCAACCAGCAGGCGGUAAAGUUCCUCCAGCAGGACUAUGAAACGCUGCUUCAGGGCUGUCUGGAGUCCGGGAAGCUGUUCCAGGACCCCUCCUUCCCAGCAGAGAGCAAGUCUCUAGGGUUCAAAGAGCUGGGGAAGUACUCCUCCAAGACCAGGGGACUGGUGUGGAAGAGACCCACGGAGUUGUGCUCAAACCCGAAAUUCAUUGACGAUGGAGCCACCAGGACUGAUAUCUGCCAAGGAGAUCUGGGUAAGCAUAUUUCACAAAGGGAAGGGGUGUUGCUGUAA